AUGUCCCCGGUCAGUCCUGCGCCCGCGCCCCGUCGGAUGGGAGGGAGGAUGGAGCGGCGGCCGCCGGGCGCGCCCCCCGCUGAGCCGCCCCCCCAGGAUGCGCCCAUGGAGCCGGCCGGGGAGGCGGACGCCCCCCUCCUCACCCCCGAGCCGGCCCGGCGCGGGGGCGGCCUGGAUAUAAAGGGGCGGGAGGCCGGGGCCGAGGCGAGGCCGAGGGUCCCCACCACGGAGCUGUGCAGACCCCCGGCCCCCGGCCCCGGCCCCGGCCCCGCCGAGCUCCCCGGCGACGGCCGCAUGGUGCAGCUGAGCCCCCCGCCCCUCCCGCUGCAACCCGCCGCCGCCGCCGCCGCCGCCGCCGCCGCCGCCGGCCGAGCCAUGCUCUUCAGCUUCAGCCAGCCGCUGGCCGUCAUCAACAGUGGCUUUUUCGGAGAUCCGGACACCUUCCCCAUGUUCAGCAACAACAACCGAGUCAAGCGGAGACCCUCCCCCUACGAGGUGGAGAUCAAUGAUGGCCCGCAUACCAAGGUGGUUCGUCGCAUCUUCACCAACACGCGCGAACGGUGGCGGCAGCAGAACGUGAACGGGGCAUUCGCCGAGCUCCGCAAGCUCAUCCCCACCCACCCCCCCGACAAGAAGCUGAGCAAGAACGAGAUCCUGCGCCUGGCCAUGAAAUACAUCAAUUUCCUGGCCAAGCUGCUCAGGGACCAGGAGGAGGAGGGGAACCAGCGUGGCAAAGGGGGAGCCAAGGAGGCCGCUCCCGGGGUGCAGGAGGACCUGCUCCAGGACAUUCUGUCCCCUAAUUCGAGCUGCGGCAGCUCCCUGGAUGGGACGGGCAGCACCGACAGCUUCUCCGAAGACGCCGAAGCGCUGGAAGCUAAGCACCCCCGGGGCCUUCACCCGCCCACCCUGCCAGUCGAGGGCAGUGGGCAGCGGUGACCCGUCCCCCGCGCCCGAGGUCCUUCCGGCCUCCCGAUCCCCCCCGCAGCCCCCAUUUCCGAGGGUCCCGGCCCAGCUGGGAGGCAGCACUCAGGCUCAGAGUCCGCCCCGGACACGCAGGUACUUUCCUCCACGAAUCCCAAAUUCCAACCUGUGCAGGCCACCGCCCCCCACGACCCUCCAGCCCCCCAACCUUCCUCCUCUGGAGGCCAACCGGCUCGGGUCCCAACACCCUGCUUGUCCCUGCAGGAAUGUUGGCAGUGAUCCUGGAGGAAGAUUCGCAGUGCUCUGGGAGCACUGACCCUCCAUGGGGUUGGGCCUGGGCCUGGGCAGCAGCAAACGCUAACGGGGGGGGUUGGCAUCCAGGCCCGUUGCCAACCUCAUCGGACUUCAGGUGGUGGUGAGUUGGGGUCGGGGUGUGGACUUUAUCCCCCCACCCUGCCCCCCUAGAACCUUUGCGCCACUCCCCCGGGAGACAAGGUACCCAGAUCCUCAUGCUGACCUCUCAGCUUCCCCCUCCCCCAUUUAACUUUUGGGUCAACAUCAAAAUACCUCCGCUGGCCCAGCGUCCUCCAGGUGUUUCCUGUGAGGACAUGACUCCUAGGGCGGGGAAGCAUAACGCAGCUGCCCUCAAUGCCAGUGUGCAUGUAUGUCGAAGGCGUGUCAAUGUGCACCCCGGGUUACACGCAUGCACACGUACACACUUGCAUCGACGUGUGCCCACACGAGGAUAUGGGCUGUUUAGGAGGGGGUGGAGGCCAGACCCUGCCCCCUCCCCGCUCCCAUCCCCUUUUCCCACAGAUCUUAUCAGCUCCCGAAUCACAGGCGGGAAGAGCUUGGGUCUGAAGUGAAAGUUUCGGAAACUUGGAAGUUGUGCUGGGAUGGUCGGUUCAAUGUUGGAAUGUGGCUCCGGCCUUCCCAUCAGCGCUCUUCCCGAAGGAUGGAAUGAAGCCACCUGCGGGGCUUUGAGGAAGGCCAGGGAGCUGGAUAUAAUAAUUAUGGUAUUUGUUAAGCGCUUACUAAGUUCCAGGCACUGUAC